UCAGCUGUAUAUAGGAUUUGUGUCAAGUCUUAUCGUAACUUAAGAUAAUGAAGUGGAGAAGACUUAUCCAGACACGCUUUCGUCAGAUCAUCAUCGAAAGUCAAAAUGAAGGGUUGUUUAGCUCUUCUUUGUCUCUUACCAGCAUGUCUGUCGGCUCCACUAUCUGAUGGAACAUUUGACCCGAAUGCUCUAAACAAGGACUUUGGUACUGGUGGUUUCGCGGCCGGCAGUGGUGGAUUCGGAUCUGGCACAGGUGGUAGUUUUAAUCCAAACGCUUUGAACCAGAACUUUGGAGGAGCUGGAUUCGGCUCCAUGUCAACAUUUGCCGGCUCCAUGACCACAUUUGCUGCAUCGACUGUUGCUCCAUCUGGGACAACUGAAACAUUCGAUCCUAAUAAAGUAAACAAUUUCGGAAGCGGAACUGGAUUUGGAGGAAGUGGUUUCGGUACAGGAAGUGGAAGUGGAACAGGAGGUUUUGGUUCCGGAACUGGUUUUGGUAGUGGUGGAAGUGGAACUGGAACCUUUGACCCGAAUAAACUUAAUGGUGGUACCGGAAGUGGGACCUUUGAUCCAAACAAGCUCAAUAAACUAGAAAUGAAAGACACAACAGACACGGCUUCCACUACCUCAUUUGUUGACCACGUGUCUGGCUGCGACCUGAUGAUAAUCUCACUGCCUUAUCUGACAAUCCUAUCAGCAGGUGGAAUAGAACGACGACACAAGUUUGCUAUAAUGAAUUUGUUAAUAUUUUUAACUGUUUUAAUUCCAACAUGCUAUAGUGCAUCAUUGAGCAUGUUCAAUACAAAUGGCACAGCAAGUUUCGAUCCUAAUAAGAUGGCAGCUGGCAAGUUUAGUCCAAACUCUGGAGCUGGAACAUUUGACCCAAAUAAAUUAGGAGCUGGAUCCUUCAAACCAAGUAGUCUUGGAGCUGGAAGUUUUAAUCCGAACAGUGUCCCAUCCGGGAGUUUCAAUCCAAACUCUAUGGGUGCAGGAUCAUUCUCUCCAAAUAGUAUGGGAUCAGGCACAUUCGAUCCGAACAAGGCUCCAUCUGCAAACUUUGAUCCAAAUAGCUUUGGAAAGAAAUAAAAGCAUUUAAAAUGUAC